CCGCUUAAUUUAAACAGUGAGACCCUCCAUGCCUGAAACAACAGCUUUAGGAGCUGCAAUGGCUGCAGGAUGUGCGGAAGAAAUCAAUCUUUGGAACAUGGAUCCAACCAAAUAUCCCAAAACCAUAACCGAUACUUUCCUACCAACCAUAUCAGCAACCGAACGUGACAAAAGGUUCCAGUGGUGGAAACUGGCCGUGGAACGUUCUCUCAACUGGAAACUGGAUUCUCCCGAUUUGACUGGUAACGAAGGGAGUUCGUAAAGGGAGGUAAUUUCUUCAGAUCUUUGCCAUAUUUCAGAUCUCAGUUGUGU